GCAGCGACAACGCCGACAACAGACGACCUGCCACGCCGACAAGAUGGGUGCCCUCAAAUACGUCGAAGAGAUCCAGAAGAAGAAGCAGUCCGACGUGAUUCGCUUCCUGCUGCGUGUCCGUUGCUGGGAGCAGAAGAGGGUUCUUACAAGGCGGCUCGAAACGAUAUUUUCUCUCGCCGGCGGAUGGAUGUGGCACACAAGAGACUCUCUCCGUCAGUUGAACGCUAUCCACCGCGCUUCCCGUCCUUCGCGCCCCGACAAGGCACGCCGUCUCGGCUACAAGGCCAAGCAGGGAUAUGUUGUCUACCGUAUCCGUGUGAGACGCGGUGGCCGCAAGAGGCCCGUUCCCAAGGGUGCCACCUACGGCAAGCCCACCAACAUGGGUGUUAACCAGCUCAAGUACCAGCGUGCUCUCCGUGCUACCGCCGAGGAGCGUGUUGGCCGCCGCUGCGCCAACUUGCGUGUUCUGAACUCCUACUGGAUCAACCAGGACUCCACCUACAAGUACUUCGAGGUUAUCCUUGUUGACCCCCAGCACAAGGCCAUCCGCCGCGAUGCCCGCAUCAACUGGAUCUGCAACGCCGUUCACAAGCACCGCGAAAGCCGUGGUCUCACUGCCACUGGCAAGAAGUCUCGUGGUAUCAACAAGGGCCACCGCUACAACAACACCUCUUCUGGCAGACGCCACACCUGGAAGCGCCAGAACACCCAGAGCUACUGGAGAUACCGCUAAAUGUAGUUGGAAGGGUAUAUUCGGGGGUAGUUGGCUAUGGGGAAAAGCUUUCUUUGUGGACGUGUCUAUUUCGACCAAAACUCGCUUCUUCAUUGAGCUGUCAGGCUGCGAGAUUAAUGCAACGGAUCCUUCGGAUCGGAUGUUAGCAAAAAUCCAUCCAUUCUUCGUGAUUCCCCAUCUCGAUUAUUCUCCUAACGAAGUAUUACGACUGUUUUUCGCUUUUCAGGGACAUCGUUCAGCUUGUAAGCGCACUGUAGGGGUAACGGGUAUUGAAAACAGUCUACAUGUAGGGGGUCUUUCCAUAAAACGUAAGAUCAAGGUAGUAUAGAGUACACUGUACCUAAGUUGACUAUUCCGGCGUCGCUACCUUGGUGGAGUAGGUGUAGGUAUAUUAGGU